AUGGCGACUAUAAGUAACACUUUAGAUGAUACGCAUCCUGAUCCAGAACCAGAGACAACUGCAACGAAUCAAACACAAGCCACUGAUAUUCCUACUGAACAUCUUCACAUAUUGGCUAUUGCUGAAGAUGUCGGUGUUAAUUCUUUUAUAUCAUCUGAAGCUCAAACACAAGUUAUAGUCAAUAAGAAACUUGAUAUUCAUUAUUUACUAUCACAAUUAAGUACAACACAUGCACAAGUUGAUCAAUAUUGUCGAGCACUUACAAAUGAAUUAAAUCAAAAAGUCCUUUUAUUGUUGUUCUUUUUUCAGAGCUUCAGCGAAAUCCAUUUUUUUGCUAUUAAAAAGAUUGAAAUGUCUAUCACUGAUGUUCUGACCAACAUUCAACAUCAACAAGAACAAUUAUUACUUGUCGUCAUUCAAUCAUUGAAAGUGAAUAUAAACUACAAUUGCAAAGCGCUGCUGAAGUAUUGGACAGUGUUAAAGUCCACAAUUUAUCUGAUUUAG